UAUGGGCCUUGUUUCCAAGGCCGCUUUACCUGGCCAGGGAGUAUUACACCACUAUAAAUACAUGGCCGGUCGGUCAAUGGGGAUAUAGUAAGCUGUAUCGGGCUCCUCAAUCAACGACUUCAUCCCCUUUACGUCGACCCGGGGGACCUGGCAAACCCCAGGGGACAUAUCCACCCACUGUCAGAAAGCCAUUGAUGAGGCGAUAGUUACUGCUGCGCCACGAUGAGUAAGGAAGGGGAGGUUAUCCCCCUGGCGGGCCCGGGAAGUAAAAUCAUCGCCCUGGCGCCCCCUCUACGGAAACACUUCCCUCGGGAGGGAAAAGCAGUGAUCGUCGACUUUUCUACAAACAGUCUUAAACAACUGCCCAUCGAGAUAUGGAAAUGUGAAGAAAUUAUGCUCAACGCCAUAAGAUUUCAAGCAGAGAACAACCGCCUUAAAAAGCUUCCGAAGACCAUUUCUGACCUUGAAGUAUUAACAUUUAUAGACUUGCGAAAUAACGCACUCACAGCCAUUCCCGGUACGAUCUUUAAGAUAAAAACUCUUGAGAUCCUAGAUUUGACCAACAAUGUCAUUAAAAGCCUUCCGGCCACCAUCAACAAGGCACUAUCCCUGCACACGCUCCACGCGUCAAACAACAAGAUCAAAGCUCUACCCAAGACCAUCAACAAAUGUCCUGCCCUGACCCACCUUGACGUUUCCUACAAUGUUAUCCGCUCCAUCAAGAAGACCGUGUACGAGCUUGGUGCUCACAUCAUACUCAAGGAAAACAAACUAGUGGAUCUUCCUGACGCGAGCGUUAAGUCUCCGGCCCUCAAGUCCCUGGACGUUUCUUGCAAUCAGAUAUCCGCGCUCCCUGCCAACAUCCACAUGGUAACGACUCUCACGUGGCUUGACCUGUCGCACAAUGAGCUGCCGGACGUCCCUCGCGAGAUGGGCUUCCUCAAAUACCUUAGCUUCUUGGAUAUUUCGCACAACAAGAUCGUAUCUUUACCGGAAGAGAUGGUGAGCCUACAGUAUGCUCUGACGACUUUUAAGGCAUCUCAUAACGAGAUCCGGAAUCUACCCGAGGACAUUCAUAAGCUACAAAGGCUGACAAUCCUUGAGAUGGCGGACAAUCAGCUGGAGAACCUACCGCCGAAGUUUUAUGACCUCAAAGGUCUAAAGACCUUGGAUUUAUCGGGCAACAAGCUUGCCAACGCUGCCGGUAUCACUAAGCUGAAAUCGGCGGAAACAGUAAAGGUGGCGCGCAAUGCCUUGACGACACUCCCCGAGGACCUUCCCAGCAUGAAAUGUCUGGUCACACUAGACGUGUCAGGAAACCAUCUUAAAUUGUUGCCGGAGAACAUCUGCCGCGUUUCGUCGCUGAAAGACCUGUUGGCGGGGGAUAAUAAAAUAAGCGCCAUCCCAGAGUCCCUUGGCGACAACCAGCUCCUCAGGGAUGUUGACCUCAGCAGGAAUCGGAUUCAGGGGCUCCCACAGGACCUCAAAAAGUUGCGGAGCCUGGAAAGUCUAAAAAUAGGAAAUAAUCAGAUUUCGGCCUUACCAAAGACAUUGGACGUUCUCAAAUUUCUCCGUACGUUAGAUGUCUGUGGAAACUCGCUUACUGAAAUACAACUGCCAAAAGCUAUCACCCAUCUGAACAUUUCACAAAACCCUGUGUUUUUACCAGCACAGGAUCCUAAAUCGGUGCUCGUGCAGCUGGGAGAGAGGGCAUACGCCAAACAGAUGACGUUUCUCGACCUGUCCAAUCUUAAGCUUGAGGAAGUUCCCCCUAGUAUUGGUCACAUGAAGCUGCUUCGAACCCUCAAGAUAGCUCACAAUCUCCUCAAAGGUAUCCCCGAGUUUCUGUGUCGUCUGCGCUGCCUUGAGGAGUUUGAUCUGUGUAAUAACGAGAUAUCCGAGGUCCCAAACGCCAUUAAGAACUUGCAGAAUCUACGGCGUUUGGACGUAUCUCAGAACAAGAUUGGCGAGUUUCCCGCCGGGUUGACUAUGCUCCAUCAACUGGAGUUUCUCAAUAUAUGUUACAACAAUAUAGUCAGUCUUCCCGAAGACUUCGGCGAGCUGCAUAAACUCAUCUAUUUAGACCUGUCGAACAACGAGCUGAUGGGACUUCCGGAGGACCGCUGGGACAUCCUAGCGUCCAUGACAGAGCUGAAUGUUAACAAGAACCAUAUCAACACAAUGCCUUUGGACCUGCCUUAUUUGUACCGAAUCCGGAUACUGAGAGUGGCGGCAAACGACCUCACCAGCAUUCCAAACGACGUAGGCAAGAUGGCGAGCCUCGAGGUCCUAGACGUCUCAGACAAUCUGCUGGAGGCUAUCCCAGAAAGCAUCUGUAAGUUACCUGUACUCGCUGAACUCAAUAUAUCUGACAAUAAGCUGAAGGCUUUGCCCCAGCGGUUGGAGAGCCUCAAGCAGCGAUGUACAGUAAGCGCUGGUGACCAGUCGGCGUACAAAGCGCGGGAACCUCCAGACAUGCUCCAAUCGGGGGAGGUUCAGACAGAUGACGAAGGACCCAAGAAAAAUGCUAUCAAGUCAGACGACUAACUAACAAACGAUGUGACGAAUUUGAAUUGGACAACCAGACAGACGGACAGAUCGGUUUUUAUUAGAAACAUUCAAAACACGUGCCAAGAUAUUGUGACAUCUUCGUCAUUAAUAAUUAUUCAAGAUGUUAAUUUUAUGUACAAGCGAUGACGACGACAACCACGAUGUCACCACGAAAUCACAUCCAAGUGAUGACGCACUCGACCACGUGACCUCCUUUGAAUUGUUACCGGAGUGACACAAUGAUUAUUAUUUUACCUCAUCUACAUAAUCAGCGUAUCUGAUCGGAUUACAUUGACCACAUAGCGGGGAAACGAAUCAUUGUGUCGGCCUUACGCGCUCGAGUUUCUCCCUGCAGUAAUUUUUCCGUUAUUCCGAUACUGUCUAGAAAUAUGUGCAAGGGCCAACACAACCGAGUUCCGAAUGACUGAAGCAGACGGCAACAAGUACACGUCAACCUGGUCAUCUUAACUGUUGUUAUUGUUUUAUUUAGGCAUAAUAAAUUAUUAUUUUCCCUGUGGUAGGGAAACACGAUUGUUUGUUUCACCUCGAUUAAUCAUGUUUCACUAAGAAUCGUUUUUCAAUACAACGUGGACACAAAUGUACGACAGCAACGAAAUGUGAUACAAAUUGUCGUUAUACACGGGGUAAAGCACCGUGUUUGAUAAGUGACCUUGUCUGAGCUAUGUUAAUUCCACUUAGUGGCGCAUCGGGAAGGUUUGUGGCGCUCUUGACUUUAAAACCGCACUUGUAGAUCCACAUAACACGUAGCUCGCACCUAAUCCUGGUUACGGGUUCACACUUUCCUUCCUGGAUGACGGGCGAAUUUUGUACACACGUAUACGACUUCAUAAAGUUGCAUAUUUCAUAUUAUUCAUAUGCUUAUCAUUUUACCCAAUCAAAAUUAUUUUAUUGUUUCCGUAUCAAACAACCGUUCGGUUCAGUAACCGGAACUUCCCGGAAACACCCGAGAUAGAUAAAUAUUUAUUCAAUCAUUAUUAUACGUAUCUAUAUACCGUUUGCGUUCGCCUUAUACAGUUUAAUUAUCUUUACAAUUUUAUUUUUACAUUGAUCUUUAAUUCUUUUGUAAAUCAAUCAAAACCUUUUACAUCCGCCUUACUACAAUAUAACGCUCUAACUUAUCAUUUCUUAAAGGCAAGAAAAUCAUGAUCAGUCAUGACGUUACUUCCUCUAAAACUGACACGCACUGGUGACGGCUAAAAUGUCUUGCGCCAAACGAUACGAUCAGUUUGAGUCGAGUUGCUGUAACGUUCUCUACGUCCGAAAGCCCGUCAGGACUGCGUUUCUUUUUUGUUUUAAUAAAUCUUAAAAUAAUGAA